AUGUCUGAAGCAAACAUGGACUUACCAGCCCUCUCUGCUGAUGAGUCUGCUCAGUCAAGUGGGAACAUGACUGAUACAUCCAUAAGCGAACACAGGACAUCUACAUUGCCCCUUCCUUCUUCUCAGCCUGUUAAAAAUUUUACGCAACGUAUGGUACCUAAUAGUUUAUCGUUGCAACAGCAGCAAAUACAACAACAACAACAACAACAACAGCAGCAGCAGCAAAUGCAUCACCAACAACAACAGCAACAGCAGCAACAACAGCAAAUGAAUCAGCAACAACAGCAACAGCAGCCAGACUUCAUGGAUCAAUCCUUCUUUUAUGGCCUCGAUCAGCUAAGCUCGGAUAAUCCCUUGUUUUUCAUGCAACAUCAGCAGCAGCAGCAGCAGCAACAACAGCUACAGCAACACACAGCGUCCCUGUUUGAAGAUCACUUUUUGAAAGAAGCGGCUGGCCAUGAUCAUGCUGGUUCCUCAUCUUCAGCAAACGAUAACCGAGGAAAUGUAAAUGCAUCAUCCACUACGUUGGCUCAAUCCAUUGCCACCAGCAUGGAGUCAUUUCAAGCAGCUGUAACUACUUCUGUUGGCGAGCAACCUCCUUCUUUCUGGACAGGACUGAAUAACUUUAUUUCCAAUGUAACACAUAACAAUAUAUUUCCAACAUUUCCCAACAUUGCACGAAGUUUUCAAGAGUAUCUAGCAAACCAUCCUGUGCCCUUUUUAAGCUCAUUCAAUGCACCCACAGCGUCGCCUAUAUCAUCGCCCAUGCCGCCGUCGUCUAUGGAUUUUGAUCCCAUGAUGCAAUUCAAGCAAGAAUCAGAGCGAUCAAAUACGGGGCUACAAAUCAGAGUACUGGGUGUUCCUCAGACAGGCGCAAAAUCCAGAGUCGAGACACAAAUCAAGCUUUGCAUUCAAUUAGUAACAGAUGGAGGAGACAAAGCACAAUGGUGGUCUCAUCUCAAACUACCCGAGAACAUGGUGACAAAGGACAAGCUCAAGAAAUCCAACAACAAUAGCAAUGUCAAUGAGAAUGGACUUCCUGUCAAUCCAGAGAAAGCACUGUAUCUGCAAGCCAGAGUGCUGUGCGCAAGUGACCCAACCAAGAAGGUUGUUACUUGUUUAGGUUGUAUACAAAGAGAACGAAAACGAUCUCAGCGAAGAAAGGAGAACAAGCAGCAGCAGCAGCAACAAAACAAUGACGAAACAGAGGAUGAAAAAACAGAGGACGACCAGUCACUUGUGCUUGAUGAGGAGAGAGUAUUGCUCUUCAAUUGCUCAGAAGUCGUGGAUUUCAGUGCUGGUGACACUAUAUUACCCACUCGAAUCACAUGUUACUGUAGACAUCAUAACGAAAGAUUAGGCUUUUGUAUCUACUUUGAAAUGCUGGACCAUACCGGUAAAAAGGUAGCUGAAGGCAUUUCGCCGCCCAUUAUGAUCACAGACGACCACAAAUCAAAUAAAGUCAAGGCUGGAUUGAAGAGACGUCGAGCAGAAAGUGAAGUACUGCCAGAACCCAGAAUUCCUUCACUGAGCUGGAUCAAAUCAUCAUUGCCAUUUGGUGUCGGUGGCAGUAACACUAUCAAAUCAGAACCAGCGCCAGCACCCACAGUAGCAGGCUCAUCUUCUGCAGCCGCAUUAUACCCAAAUACUCAAAACAACUUUCCUAUUUCAUCAUCAUCAUCGACGGCAUCUGAGAUGGAGGACAUGAAGUCAGUAUUGAAAUCAAUACUAACGUCUAGUGUCAUGCAGCAACAGCAACAGCAACAGCAACAGCAACAGCAGCAGCAAUAUCUCUAUAAUCUCACUGAUAACAGCAACAACAACACCAAUCACACGCAACAGCCUGCCAUGAAGAGACUGAUUCCAAAUGAGGCGCCUAACAGUGGAGGCAUUGAAAUCACAAUACUAGGCACCAAUUUCCGCCCUGGCAUGACAGUGAUGUUUGGAGACACACCUGCUACAAACAUACAAUACUGGUCUCCCAACACGCUCAUCUGUACAUUACCACCCGCAACACAGCCUGGCGCUGUUGUUGUUUCAUUCAAAGAGGCUCCGCCCACCGAUAAAAGCGAUGUUAUGGUAUUCACCUACCUGGUCGAAACGGACCGUGCUUUGAUGGAAUUGGCAUUGCAAGUGGUUGGUAUGAAAAUGACGGGUAUCGUUGAAGAUGCUAGAAAAAUCGCCAUGCGUAUUGUACAGGGCAACAACGGCAGCCAUAAUAGCAAUCAGGCGGGCAGUAACCAGUUUAAAAAUGUGAAAUCAGAGCCAUAA